GUUCUCAGAAGUAACAUUAAGAUAUUUGUGUGGCGAGCUGUAAGGAGAAUUAAAAUUUUAAGCUUUUUUCCCUUUGUUUGCAGAGCGUGAAUAUGGAAUCAAACUUGACUUCGAAUAUCACGCAGGUCGUUUUGCCGGCGGACUUGGCAGAAGAGCAGACGGGGCGACCGUGUUUUUUACCAGGAAUUGCACAAACUGUUCAGCUACACUUCUUUUACUACUCUAACUUCUUGCUCACACCGGUCACCACUCUGCUAGGUCUCUGGUGCUUCCUGUCAAACGGGCUUAUCCUGAUUGCCAUUCUCCGGGGUGGACUUCGAAUCAGGCCAGGGUUUCUGUUGCUGUGUGGUUUGACCCUGACGGAUGUUCUGUGGGGAGGGCUGGUAACGCCUGUGUAUGUAAGAUUCAGGGUCGCAGAGUUGCUGAAUGGCAAGGUGUGUUCAAAUCGCAGCGAUUGGGAUUCACCUCUCAUGGUAACGUCUUUCUUUUUGUGCUUGUUUUCUACGCUGGGUAAUCUUGCCGUGAUGAGCGGGGAUCGCUACUUAGCUGUCGCUAAACCCAUGUGGUACAAAACCACCGUGACGAAACAGCAUGCAAUCUGCGCGUCCUGCGCGGUGUGGCUGACUUCAACUGCAAUGGUGGUGUUGAGGCAAGUGCACUUGUUUCCUCUCAGAGCGCUCGAGGUCUUUGAAGCGUGUUAUGUUGUCGUCUCGUCCUGUGCGAUUAUAGUUGUCCAGUUGACAACUCUAGUGGCCCUUCGCAAGCACAACAAUGCGGUGGCGCACGCAAUGGAAGAAAGCGCUCGAGUAAAUGCUGUUACCCGUCAUAACACAGUCGAGCGCCAGCUGGCAGUCACUACUCGUCACGUGGUUAGUUUUCUGGCUCUGAUUAUCCUCCCUAUGGGGUUUUUAGUGGGUUUAUCACAGAUUCUGUCAUGGAAUUUCCACAUAUUUGUGGAGCCAUUGUUCUUCCCAAUCGCUACUCUUUGCUCUGGUAUAAACGCCGUGUUGUAUUACAGGGGAAACUCCCAGAUUAGGGACGGCAUCAUUAAACUUGUCAAAUGUCAGUGAAUGUGUUGAGGUGCUGAGGAAAUGUUCUGGAAAUUCCAACUCCGAGGGUGACAAAUAAUCAGCUGAUAACCGCUCUGUUUACCUCGCUUAGCUUGAAACGAUCCAAGCCCGUUUAACUUAAUUCAAGUUUGAGAAAUUACAACCAAAUUCUACGGAGCAUUUUAUUGUACGCUGUUUCAAGUCUCAAUCCAGUAAACGCUUCAUGACAGAUGAAACGAUGCGUCCCUGAACGUAUCGCGAGUUUAUGGGUUUGAAUGCCAUUGAAUCCUUGAAGACUUUGGACUGCUGACAGUCGGUUUUUUUCGCUAAAGGUCACUUAGACGAGUGUUUCGUCAUCGCGAACGCAAAAGGGUGGUAUGGCCGUGGCCGAGUGGGGACGAAGGCGAGACGGGCUGUAUGGCUAGGGAGAGAAGGCGAGUUAUUUUUCAUUUCGUGCGUGCCGCGCCAUGUCUCGUCCCAUUCCCCUUU